ACAGAAUACAUCUCUAAGCAAAGUUCUAAGACUUUUCCACUUUACACCACAUAUUCACAUUCACUUGACUAUCUUUAGGUAAUGCCUAUGUCCUUCAUUUGUCUCUUUCUCAAACCCUCUCCACCUUCUCCUUUCUAUAAUACCCUUCCCUCUUACACUUUUAUUCCUCACACACACAAUAUCCAUCGAUCUUUCACCAUGGAAGAAGAUUCCAAAAGCUCCAGCGAAGAAAUUGAUCGAUCAUCCGAACACAACAAUGAUGAGAUGGGAACUGGAAGAUCCUACGAGUGUGUGUUUUGCAGGAGAGGCUUCACAACAGCACAGGCUUUGGGAGGACACAUGAACAUACACAGAAAAGAUAGAGCCAACAAGGCCAAACCUAAUUUUCCUCCUUCGAGUUCAACCAAGGUUGACGAGAGUUAUCACUAUGCAGAUCUUGGCCUAUAUUCUGCAUCCAAUCCAAGAGGGAAUUACUAUUCAUCUCUUCCUGAUCGAGAGGUAGACACUAAUUACAACUAUUGCCAUCAAUUGUAUUUUCCUUCUCACACGUGUGGUGCCAGAUCAUCACCACCUUCACGUGUACAAUAUGGUGAGGUGUUGUGUGUGGAGAAUCAAAGGGAUCCUCAGCUUCUGUUUGGACAAGAUUGGAGACAAAGGGGUUUGAGUUUGUACACUAAUCCAUUGUGUGUACAUGAAAAUAAAGACAAGAUAAACAACGGUGAAGAGGACGAUCUGGAUUUGGAGCUUAGACUUGGUCAUCAUCCAUAGCAUAAUAUAUAAUAGAGUACAUAUUUAUAUAUAUAUAUGUUAAUAUAUAUAAAUAUUUAUAACUAUGAUAAUUAAUGUCUGGCUUUUGGGCCUUUAUAUAUAUAUAUUUUCAUGGCGUGCAAUUGUAUAGAGAGAUGGGUUGCAAGUUGGAAGCAGAAAGAAGAUUUCUAUAGCGUGGAGGCUUCUUCAAGGGAGGUUGCAAGCUCGAGUUUCUGAUGAUGAGGAAGGUACUCAAGAUAUAUAUACGUUUUCAAUCUAGAGAAAAUAUCUACCUCUACUAUCUAGGGUUCUAGCAGAUGUUGUUAAUUAUCUGAAUGUUUCUUUUGCUGCUCUUUUUUGCUUAAUUAAUAUUUAUGUAUGCAUCUUCACGCUUGUCGCAUUGAAAAUUAGGUUAGUUACUUAAUUAUAUAUGCGUGUGCUUUUCCAUUUUUAAUAAAGUAAAAAAUCUCUACUUCUAAGCAAUCCAAUUCGAAG